AUGCCUCCACUUGAAAUUAGGGCUUUUGGGGGCCAAGGGUUUAUGGCUUUGCGCAGCGCAGUGGCGUGUGCUCUUCCGGCAUUGGCGCGCGCGGCGGCGACGGCGGCGGGCAACGGGCGCGCGCUGGCGCUCAAAUCCUCGCCCUCGGCGAUGCAGUCGGCCAGCAUUCUCUGUAGCGGCAAAGCAGCUGACGAGCUCAUGGAAGCGCUCAUGUGUUUUGGAGCUACUUCUUGCAGCAUUGAGGAUGCAAACAAGGAAGAAGAGGAGAAAGAUGGUCCAGUUCCCUGGCAGGCUGGGGAUUCGCGUAGUUUUUGGAGCAAGAGUUGCAUCACAGCCAUGUUCGGAGGAGACGUUGAUGUCUCGGAGGUUUUUGCGCUCGCAGCUGACACGCUGGGGCUGAAAGAGGUUCCAAAGUACGAGCUUAAAAUAAUCCACGAGUGCGAUUGGCUGCAGCAAGUUAAGGAUUCGUUCCAACCGGUGCAAGUGCUUCCACGUUUUUGGAUCGUGCCAGAGUGGUGCACGCCUCCUGACAGUGAGGCGACCAACAUCAUUCUUAAUCCGGGACUGGCAUUUGGCACUGGAGAGCAUCCAACAACAAAGCUUUGUUUGAAAUGGCUGCACAAGUCAGUGAGAAGCGGGGACAAUAUUCUAGACUAUGGGACAGGCUCAGGCAUCCUUGCGAUAGCGGCGUUGAAGAUGGGAGCUUCACAUGCAGUUGGAGUUGACAUUGAUCCCAUGGCAGUAUCUUCCUCGGCUUCAAACGCGACGUUGAACGCUCUCGAUCCACACGCAUUCGAGGUUUUCAUCGCUGCAGCCGACGAUAAAGACGAUCCCGUGCCGCAUGGGCCCGGAGUUUUCGACGUCGUCGUCGCAAACAUCCUUCUCAACCCGCUUCUCACUCUCGCGAACUCCAUCGCCGGCUACACAAGACCAAAAGGAAAAGUUGGCCUCUCUGGCAUUAUACUCGAACAGGUUGAAAGCGUUGUGAGGACUUAUUCCCCGUUCCUGCGCGAUAUAGAAAUCAGCGACGAAAAUGGCUGGGCAUGUGUGUGUGGCAUCCGGAAAUGCGAGUGAUGUAAGCUCGCUUGUCCAAGUUCUCGCUCUCUCGUCUUAAAACUCUCACAAUCUUCCGAUAAGGAUCUACGGAGGCUUGGCAGCAAGCGAAGUGACGAUGCGUUUCAUUUUAUUCCCUCAUUCGUAACACUCGCUAUAAGUUAAGCCAGAUUCGUUGCGUCGCGGCUUGAUAGUUUUAUAACAGGAAGCAAACAAAGAAGCAAAGUAUCUCUAGAUCUGUUUGGCGCUUUGGCCAAGUGACAAAGACGAAGAUAUGAUGACGCUA